GGGGACCCACAAAUGUCGUGAGUAAAUUUCAACAAAGAGAACGCCGCACAGGGAAAUAUAAUUUUCCUCGUGAGUUAAUUUCCGUUUCCCCAUUAAUAUGUUGUGUGAGCUAAUUUAAUCUCACAGUUUUUCACUCGUGGGGAACUUUUUUCCUCUCCGGUGAGAGUGCUCUUACAAACACAAACAAGUUGCAAAUUCCAACCCAAACUUUGCACUUGUUGGCAUUUAAGACCGAAAUGGACCAUCUUUUUAUGACCUCUACUUCAACUUCUAGUACUAUCUUCUUACAUACUUACAAAGUUACAAUCUUAGAGAGAUAAAAAGGGGUUGAAGAAAGCUAAAACAGUGGCCAUGAUGAAAAGUGAGAAGGAGCAGCCCAAGGCAGUGGUGGUAGGAGGAAGCAUAGCUGGAGUAUCGUGUGCUCACGCGCUCAUAUCCGCGGGUUGGCAAGUUGUGGUGCUCGACAAAUCAGCUGGACCAACAACCGGCAGCCCAACUGGUGCUGGGCUGGGCCUGGACCCUUUGGCCUGCAACAUCAUCAGCUCUUGGCUCGGUGAUUCCGUACCUCUUUACAAGGCUACCAUGCCUCUUACCAUUGACCAGAAUCAAGUAACAGGCAUAGACAAGAAGACUAGCCGGACUUUAACAAGAGAUGAGGAAUUCAACUUCAGAGCAGCUCACUGGGCUGAUCUUCAUGGCCUUUUACUUGAUUCAUUGCCUUCAGAAAUAUUCUUAUGGGGUCAUCAGUUUCUGUCAUUCUGCAUUUCUGAUGACAAGAAUUCAGUCACUUUGAAGGUUAAAGUACUUAAAACUAGCGAAAUCAUACAAGUCGUUGGUGAUCUUCUUAUUGCUGCAGAUGGGUGUCUUUCUUCGAUUCGAAAAACAUUUCUUCCCAACCAUAGUCUAAGGUAUGCAGGAUACUGUGCAUGGAGAGGGGUGCUUGAUUUUUCAGAGAAUGAAGAUUCCGAGGUUAUAAGAGGGAUACGAAGGGUGUACCCAGAUCUCGGAAAAUGCUUAUACUUUGAUCUUGGACCGCAAACUCAUUGUGUGUUUUACCAACUUCUAAACAAAAAGAUGAAUUGGAUUUGGUACAUUAAUCAGCCAGAGCCAGAUAAGAAGGGAAAUUCAGUAACCUUAAAAGUGAGCAAAGACACAAUCAAGAAGAUGCACGAAGAUGCAGAAAAGAUAUGGGUUCCUGAACUGGCAGGACUCAUCAAAGCUACAGAGGAGCCUUUUGUGAAUUUGAUUUACGACUCUGACCCCCUUGACCAGAUCUUCUGGGACAAUGUAGUACUGGUUGGAGAUGCAGCUCAUCCUUCAACUCCUCAUUGCUUGAGAAGCACAAACAUGUCUCUUAUUGAUGCAGCAGUCUUAGGCAAAUGUCUCGAGAAAUGGGGUUCGGAAUAUCUACAGUCUGCUCUUACAGAAUACCAGUCAGCUCGAUUGCCUGUUGUUGCUAAUCAGGUACUCCAUUCUCGGCAUGUUGGUAGGAUUAAACAAGGUCUCAGUCUUCCUGAUCGCCACCCUUUUGAUCCGAAUACUGCUACUUCUGAGAAUUGCUUUGAGAUUCAACAGAAGAAUGUACCUUUCUUUAGCAUUCCUGACAUAUAAAAUGCUAAAAAUAACAACUGAAAAUUGGUGACC